UGCCCUUAUAAACCACAACAACAACAUAAAAAUAUCUAUUAUUUUGGAAUAUAUAUAUAUUUUCUGGGCAUCUAGUGGCCAUAUUUAGUUACUGUAUAAAUAUAUUUUAAGUGUAUUAAUGGCAGUGUUGCCUUGGCUUGUAUAAGAGAGCUGUGCUGGCUUAUUUUAGCCUUGGAAGAUAAGAUAAGCUUUGUUGAAGCUUCAAGGUUGUUGAAGAAGACUUACCGGAUUAUUAAAUCUACCGGAGCAAUGUUGAGGUGUGCAUUUGAUGGAGCAAUAGGUCGCUGCCUGAGCACAGCUGCUGCCCGACUCUCCCAGGUUCCUCAAGUGUGUAUCGUCGGCAGUGGUCCAGCAGGCUUCUAUACUGCACAGCAAAUACUUAAAAGUCAUGCAACAGCAAGAGUUGAUAUGUAUGAAAAGUUACCGGUUCCGUUUGGUUUGGUCCGUUACGGAGUGGCCCCGGACCAUCCCGAGGUGAAGAACUGUAUCAACACCUUCACACAAACUGCUGCCAAAGACAGAUUCACGUUUUUGGGCAAUGUGACCAUAAGUGAGGAUGUUACAUUACACCAGCUGAAAGAAGCUUACCAUGCAGUUAUUCUGGCCUACGGCGCAUCGCAAGACACAGCACUGAAUGUACCAGGAGAAUCAUUACGUAAUGUGUUAUCCGCCCGGCAGUUUGUAGGUUGGUACAAUGGUUUACCCGAUGAUGCUAGUCUAGAGGUCGACCUGGAUGUUGAUUCUGUGGUUAUUAUUGGUCAGGGAAAUGUUGCUGUGGAUGUUGCCAGAAUUCUACUCACACCUAUUGCUUUAUUGAAGAAAACUGACAUCCCAGAGAAUGUACUUGAUGCCUUAAGCCGCAGCAAGGUGAAACGUGUGACCCUGGUUGGUCGUCGAGGGCCACAACACGUUGCAUUGACCAUUAAGGAGCUGCGAGAGAUGAUUCACUUGCCAGAGUGUAGGCCUCAGCUCAGACCCCAAGAUUAUUCCCACUUGAGAGACCUAAUACCAAGUUUGCCACGACAGCGUAAGAGACUUCUGGAGCUUUUGGCUAAAACUGCUCUCGACUCACCGGAGCCCAAACUAGCAUCGUCGUGGUCUUCUGCAGAAAGGGAAUGGAGUCUUCGCUUCUUGCUGAGUCCUGUGGAGAUCCUGGCAGCACCUGGUGGCCAUGCUGUGUGUGCCGUGAAACUGGCCAAAAAUAGACUUGAGGGUGAGGGACUAAACCAGAGAGCUGUACAGACGACUGAAAUGGAAACCCUGCAGUGUGGCUUAAUUUUACGAAGCAUCGGCUACAGAGGAAUCAACAUUGACUCUUUGCUGCCUUACGACGAACGCUCAGGGACAAUAGCCAAUGAUGGAGGAAGAGUGACAGGUCACAAUGGUGUGUAUGUUAGUGGAUGGAUAGGCACUGGUCCAGUUGGUGUUAUAUUGUCUACCAUGACAAGUGGUUUUACUACUGGCAAGCUUGUUGUGGCAGACAUAGAGUCUGGCUUGGUGGAUGUUUCCACACCUCGAGCUGGAAAGAUGCUCAUUCAGAAUGUCUUGAGAGAAAGAGGCAUACAACCUGUCUCAUUUGCUCAGUGGACUCGCUUGGACGAGCAUGAAACAGAGGCUGGAACUUUACUUGGCAAACCUCGGGAGAAAGUCACAAACCUUAAGCAGAUGAUGGAUAUAAUUCACCAGUGAUUGUUUGUAGUGUCAGGGUAGCAGCAGCUUCAAGAGCUGCUGGUACCUCAAACAGUCUUCUCCUUUAUCGUUGCCCAAAACAUUUAGAUAACACAUGACAGUCCUGAAUGUAGAUAGAAGCAGAUAGAAUUGGUGUAGACUUCAUUAAGGUCUCUAUCUUUCUUUCCCUUGUACAUGUAUGUUUCAUUGCUGUGGCUCUGCCUAGCAUGGACCAGUAGGCUGACUGCAGAAAUCUCUUCUUAUGUUCUUACAGGUUUCAUUAGAUUUUUCAUUAUUUAAUUUGUGUGAAGUACUAAACCCACAUGGGUAAUUCAUUUCAAGAAGUCAUGAAGUCUCGAUCCUCUGUCUGCUAAGAGCAUCCUGCAUCACGUUGUUGGUGCUUCAAGUUUUAUUAGAGCGAUUUCAAAUAUACAGUGGACCCCCGCUUAACGAACACCUCCAAAUGCGACCAAUUAUGUAAGUGCGUUUGUACAUGUAUGUUUGGGGGUCUGAAAUGGACUAAUCUACUUCACAAUAUUCCUUAUGGGAAAAAAUUCGGUCAGUACUGGCACCUGAACAUACUACUGGAAUGAAAAAAGUUCGUUAACCGGGGGUCCACUGUAUUAAAUAACAGUUUUCAGUCAGUUUUCCCCCCACACACAUUUCUGUUUUUCCUCUCUUUUUUUUUCCACUUCUUUCUUCUUUGACUUUCUGUUUCUUGUCUUGUUCUCUCUCAUAUUGUACUUAUGGCUUUAGCCUUACUCUUUCUCUUUCUGACUUGUAAUGAUGAAAAGACAGACACAGAGACUUCUUUUAUUGUGUAUGAUCUUUAUUUCUGUGCAGCACUGCAUACUCAUAUUACUUGGAGUUUACCUGGAGAGAGUUCCGGGGGUCAACGCCCCUGCGGCCCGGUCUGUGACCAGGCCUCCUGGUGGAUCGGAGCCUGAUCAACCAGGCUGUUACUGCUGGCUGCACGCAAACCAACGUACGAGCCACAGCCCGGCUGGUCAGGUACCGACUUUAGGUGCUUGUCCAGUGCCAGCUUGAAGACUGCCAGGAGUCUGUUGGUAAUCCCCCUUAUGAGGUUUACCUCUUGCUUUUAAAUAGUGUAAUAUAAUAAUAAUAAUAAUAAACAAUUAUAAUAGAAGGAGGGUGGUGAUAUUUGCAUUUUGGAGCGGCAUUUAAACUGUAGUAUCAUCACUCUUCUGGCAAGACAAUGAUGGAGCAAGUGAUGGUGAAAAUGUUUCUUCUCUUUUUCAGGUCACCAUAUCUUAGUGGGAGACAGCCAAUAUGUUAAAAAGAUGACAAAAUUAAUAAUAGUAAUAAUAACAACAGUAAAUUGGCAUCACAGUCUUUUCUUCCACCAGGAAAGGGUGACCUGAAAAUGGAAACAUUUAUUAUCAUUCAAUCACUGACUAAACAAAAAUGGCCAAUAUACAAAAAUUGUAAGUACUAUACAAAAACCAUUAAAAUUAUAUUUUAUUGUAUUAUUAAAUUACUUUAUUUUAUUAAAAGGUGUUACUUAAGAACAUAAGAAUUGAUGACCACUGGUAAAGGCCUACCAUUCAGUGCUAAGACUAUAUCUACUCUCAUCCAACCAUUCCUUUCAAAUAUUUGUGUAAUGCUUUUUCAAAUCUAUCCAAAAUAUUAGCUUCAGUGGUGCUACUUGUACUUUGUUACAAUGAUUUAUACAAAUAAACAUCUAUUUCUGUA